GGAAGCGGAGCGGGAGCGGGAGGCGGAGCCGGGGGAGCUGCUCGCGUAGCUCCCCCUGGCCCCAAGGCCCAGCUGCUCGAGGGGGAGGAGUUACCGCCGCUCUUCGGCACCAGGACGUCCCACGAUGGCUGUGACUUAAAACCCUCAGGAAGCCCUGGGGUCAUGGCCCAGAAGCAUCCGGGAGUAGGAGGGUUGUGUGGAGCCCGCCACGGUGGUGAUACCUCCCUCAGGACUUUAGGACCCUCCGCGGACCCUGAAAUACUUGCAUUCUCAGGACUCAGGGACUCAGCAGGAACUGCUCCUAAUGGUACCCGCUGCCUCGCAGAACACUCUGGUCCUAAGUACACACAGCUCCCAAAUCCGGCCCAUUGGUCAGAUCCAAGCCAUGGCCCCCCAAGGGGCCCAGGACCACCUAGGGAAGGAGAAGACCCUGAUCAGAGUGAGGCAUCUUCAGAAGAGGAGUCAGGAGUGGACCAGGAACUCUCAAAGAGUGAGGGUGGGUACCAUGAGGAUGGGAACCCUUUUCUUUCCAUUCCAUCUGCUUGUAACUGCCAGGCAACCCCUGGAAUUCCACAAGGGCCUUACUCUGAGGGAGGAGAUGGCUCUUCUACCAACUUUUGCCACCAAUGUACCUCUCCGGCCUUGGGGGAAGAUGAAUUGGAAGAGGAAUAUGACAAUGAGGAACCUCUUAAAUUUCCAAGUGAAUUUUCACGAGUGUCCAGCGGAAAGAAACCUCUAUCCCGGAGACAGCGGCACCGCUUUCUGACCAAGGAGGAUAAUCGAGAGGGUGGACGCAGAGAUCCCAGGUCCCCUGGUCGACAUCGGCUGGGCCGGAAACGGAGUCAUACAGAUAAGCGCAGAGGCCUGGGGUUAUGGGGAGCAGAAGAACUAUGUCAGCUUGGACGGGCAGGUUUCUGGUGGUUGAUUGAACUGCUGGUGUUGGUGGGAGAGUACGUGGAAGCUUGUGGCCAUCUCAUCUAUGCAUGCAGGCAGCUGAAAGGCGGUGAUCUGGACCUUUUCCGAGUUUGGGUGGGAGCCUGGGCAGGGCGGCUGGGCGGCUGGGUCCAGGUAGUGUUCCAAUUUCUAAACCAGGGAUUUUACUAUGGGGCAGGGCUGUUCACCCGUUUUCUUAGGCUAAUGGGUGCUUUGCUGCUCCUGGGUCUGGCCCUCUUUUUGGGCUGUCUCCAGUUGGGCUGGCAGUUUCUGGUGGGCCUGGGUGACCGGUUCGGCUGGAGGGAUAAGGCCACCUGGCUGUUUUCUUGGCUGGAUUCUCCUACCUUGCAGCGUUGCUUGACUAUGGUGAGAGACAGCAGGCCAUGGCAGCAGCUGGUAAGGAUAGUUCAGCGGGGUUGGCUGGAGUUGCCUUGGUUCAAGCAGAGGACUAGUAGCCAGGGGAAUGCACCUGUAGCUAGCGGGCGCUACUGCCAGCCGGAAGAGGAAGUGGCUCGACUCUUGACCAUGGCUGGGGUUCCUGAGGAUGAGCUAAACCCUUUCCAUGUGCUGGGGGUUGAAGCCACAGCAUCAGAUACUGAACUAAAGAAGGCCUAUAGGCAGCUGGCAGUGAUGGUUCAUCCUGAUAAAAACCAUCAUCCCCGGGCUGAGGAGGCCUUCAAGGUUUUAAGGGCAGCUUGGGACAUUGUCAGCAACCCUGAAAGGCGGAAAGAAUAUGAGAUGAAGCGAAUGGCAGAGAAUGAGCUGAGCCGGUCGGUGAAUGAGUUUCUGUCUAAGUUGCAAGAUGACCUCAAGGAAGCAAUGAAUACUAUGAUGUGUAGUCGGUGCCAAGGGAAGCAUCGGAGGUUUGAGAUGGACCGUGAACCUAAGAGUGCCAGAUACUGUGCUGAGUGUAACAGGCUGCAUCCCGCUCAGGAAGGAGACUUUUGGGCAGAGUCAAGCAUGUUGGGGCUCAAGAUUACCUACUUUGCACUAAUGGAUGGAAAGGUCUAUGACAUCACAGAGUGGGCUGGAUGUCAACGUGUGAGAAUCUCCCCUGAUACCCACAAAGUUCCCUAUCACAUCUCAUUUGGCUCUCGGAUCCCGGGCACCAGUGGUCGGCAGAGAGCCCCCUCAGACGCCUCUCCUGCUGACCUUCAGGAUUUCUUGAGCCGGAUCUUUCAAGUACCCCCAGGCCAGAUGUCCAAAGGGAACUUCUUUGCAGCUCCUCAGCCUGACUCUGGGGGCACUGCAGCCUCCAAGCCCAGCAGCACAGUACCCAAGGGAGAAACCAAACCCAAGCGGAGGAAGAAAGUGAGGCGGCCCUUCCAGCGUUGACUCCCCUUCUCUACUUUCCUCCGAUCAAUGUCAGGGAGUCAAAAGGGCUGUGUAUAGCACAGGAUGGAGUUUGACUUGUUUAUUUUUAAAGAUUUUAAAAAGGGAAAAUUUUAAGCUUAAAUUGUUCACUAGUACUUAUAGGAGGCCCCUGAACCACUAUCCCUCCAACCGAAGCACCCAGGAACUGAAUCUUGUCUUCUGACAAUACCAAAGAAAUAGGGAUGGCUAGAUCAAACCUGGGGCCCAGAACUGGGUUGGACAAUAUGUCCCCGAGGGGUGGGAAGUGAGUAUUUCUCUGGGGUUGGUAUGCCUUUGUCUCGUCAUUUGCCUUUAGAGCCGAUGAUCCCCCACCCUUUUAAACCACGAGUCUUAUUUCUUGGUCCAUUUUAGGGAGGAGUCUCCAUCAGCCCGGUAACACUAGUUAAAAGACAGAACAAGGAAGCAUGUAGCCCUGAUUUUCCAGAGGCACAGAGUUCACAGAGCAGAAACAAUGAAUUUUUCUUGACUUUCACCUUGUGGGUAAAUCACCCAACUUCAGGCUUGUUGUUGCAAGAAUGGCCAAAAUUAGUAAUUUUUAAAAAGCAGACUCAUGCCCUCUGCCCUUGGGUAAGGGAGAAUGACAGGGGAGUUCUCACAAGCCUCCUUGUUAUCCAAGGGUUUGUAUUUUUUUAAGUUUGUUCAUAUUUUUAUGUACAUAGCUAUUUAAAGCCAGGGGAUUAUCUUUCUAUAAACGUAUAACUGGCAACCUGUA